CGGUUCGCCACAAAUUUCAUCAUGCUGGACAACGUGCAGCACUUGUACCUGCCGCUGUGAACGUGUUUGACAGACAAGGACUGGAAGGAUAGCAUCUUGUUUCCCGGGCAGCGGUAUUUGUUUGCUGUUGCGACAGAGACCAUCCUCGACAAUGAUUUUUGGGCAGGAGUCGAGAAGGUGCAGAAGUAGUCUGAGAAACUACUUCAACUCUUGAAGUUGAGCGAAGGAGUUGGAGCGACGAUGAGCAAGAUCUACGGCGGCAUGGAUGCGGCUGUGGAGAGCUUACGCAGCGAGGAGUGUUUCACAGAAAUGGAGAAGAAAGAGCUCGAGGAGAUCAUAAUGUUGAGGUGGAACACUAUGACUUCUCCACUGCAUUGUGCAGCAAUGUUCCUUGAUCUUGAGUUCAGGAACUCGAGCUUGGAAAAGGACCCUGAGGUGAUGGAUGAUUUUUGGACGUGGGUGUACUCUUGGGCGAAACCAACGGAGUACAAGGAGUUGGACGAGGAGGUGAAUUGCUGGAUUGAAGGGACAGGCAAGUUCAGAAGCGAGAGGGCACUUGCAGAGGCGGACGGCGGCCAACCAGCCAGAUGGUGGAGAGAGUGGUGCACUGAGUUGCCGAACUUGCAACGCCAGGCAAUCCGUUUGCUUGGACAGGGGUCGUCUGCUUCCGGUUGUGAGCGGAAUUGGAGUCUUUUCGAAAGGAUUCACUCCAAACCGCACAACAGCCUUGUCGUCGCACAAUUGAGCACAUUGGUAUACAAUAGAUGGAACCAGCAUCUGUUGGACAAGCUUGAGAAGAAGCCGGUUGAAAAGGAAGACCCGAAGAAGAAGCCUUGGAGGGAUGGGGUCGGGGGCUUGACAGCAGAGCAAUUGUGCGAGGACGCAAAGAAGAGGGUGCAGGAGUGGAGAGCCAAGCUGCGUGGCGACAGGGAGGAAGCGGAGGAUUGUGAGGAUGAAGACGACGACGACGAUGAUGGCGCCCGUGAUAACGUGGCCAAGGCAAGCUCCAUUGCACGCCAGCGGGCCACCUGAAGCUUGCUUGAGCUCCAAAGGGAGCUGAACAAGGAGCUACCUUCAUGGAGGAAGGCCAUACGGCCUUCCAAGUACCUCGCCCGCUUGCAUUUGCAGG